AUGCAUCGAAUAAUUGUUUUGCUUCUGUUGGAGUCAGUUUGCAUUAGCGUUUCGGGGAAGAAGAAUGAAAAGUUUAUUGUUUCCUCGCUGGAAAUGGUGGAAGAGAUCAACACCAUGAACGUUGGGUAUGGCUUGUUUAAGCGGGCUUAGUUCUAUUUUUAAGGACCGGUUUAGACGCCGAACCUUCCAUGAGCCUAACCUAAUUCGAAUUAAGUGGUUUUGAGCUAUAUUCUCGUUGGGUGCCCCUGAGUACUUAGUUUAGUACCCUGCAUGAUGUACACACAGUCAAACGUACUCAGUGAAGAGUGUCGAAAUUUCAAUAUUACGGAAUGUUAAAUAUUAACAUGUCCCUAUUCUCAAUCUUGUCAAAUAUUGAAAAUUUCGGUUUUUCCCUUUUGACAGUCACUGAGGCUGUUUGGAGGUUCCGCCCAGCAAAUUGUAACAUGCCAUUUGCCUUGAUUUUUAAAAAGUUUCUGUGGUAUCGGAUUGACACUGAUACUUAUCACUAGACUCUAGAAAACAGGAAACUAUUGCUGACACGUUAAUGCAUGUGCAAAAGAUCGGUAAACAGGAUGACAGGACAUGAAGGAUUGCUCUGAGAUCCUUCGCCAAGAACAAGAAUUGAAGGAUCUUGUGUACUGAAGGCACCCCACGGUCGAUUAUCGGUCGACACGUCUGACAUAUAUGUCGGCCAACUCUUCGUCGAUGUCUCUGCCAACAUUAUUAGGGAGUUUAAGAUACGGAGACUACGGACUACGAACUACGGCUGGACGCGCGUUGUCCUUCGUUUGUAGCACUGGGUUGAGUCGUGCAAAUAUAGAACGUUAAGAUUGCACUACAGACAGUAGACUACGAGAGAGGAGGCGGAGAGGGAAACAACACGCAAAGAUUUUCUUGUUUUCAUCACAGUUCACAAAAAUGCAAGUCACUUUUGCAUGUGAUCUUAUCUUUAGAACAAUGAACAAAUUCUCAACUAUUAAGGUAAUUUUUGUAGCUUUUUCUUCUGGCAGCGUAGUACGGUCGAGUUUUCCCUUGUAUUUUUCUUAAUAGUUGAGAAACCAAAACAUUAAAACUUGCUAAAAUGGCGUUUAUAGGGCAGGAAACAGUAAGAAAACAACAAAGACACAACUUUUUAUGACGUAUGUAUACUUUAAUAGCUGUUUUUGUACAUUUUAACCGUUUUAUCGAUCUUAAGAUAAAUUUCCAUACAAAUCCUUAUAAUUUGGCUUCCAGUAUGCUGUUGUGAUUCUGGGCUCCCUGUGAUAUGUCGACCAAUCGUGUUGGUCGGUAUGAUAAUUCGUCCACUUAUCGAUCGACAGGUCAACGACAUGCUUGGUGGACUCUUCUUUUAGCGUUAUAUUUUCUUUAUUUCUUAGGGUUUUUAGAGUAUGGCUAGUGUCCGUGUGGCCUGUUUGGCAAUUCUUAACGAACUCGCGCGAAAACGUUUGCUAUAGAGGAUAGCGACAGUGUCCGCUAUGUGAGCGUGCACUUCGGCGUCGUGGUUGUGGAAUAAAUUGUGAAUGCGGAGGAAUGGUCAGAAAUUAUAUUUUUCCGGAUACCCUUCCGCACAAAUACCCUUACUUUUCUCCUUUGAGUAACAGAUGUCUUAUGUCUGCUAGUAGGAGGGGUCAUCUCCGCUAAUAUUCUGUUUCAAAUUCUGUUAUGAAGAACCUGUAUUCAAUUACUUUUCGUCAAAUUCCACGUUUCGAUUAUAAUUUCUGUCAUAACUGAUAAAUAAUUUGCGCACGAACAGAUCUCAGUUCCACUUCCUUUAUUUCCUCUACAACAACACUUUUCUUAUGUACAGUUUCCUCCACACGUUCUCCACCAGCAACGUGACUAACAUCAGUACACUCCGCCCCUUACAAAACUUGCUGAAAAUGCACAAUCUCCACAUCAUCGCAACAUAAACUUUGUGAAAAGCAAUAACAUACAAUACAAAAACAAGUAUAAAAACACCUACUCUUCCAAACAAAGCUAAAAGAAGAACAAUUAUAAUGAUACUUAUCACAACGGUUACGAAACCACGGUAACUGCGUUUUGCUUCUCCUUGUUGACAAUUUGUCGCUUUCUGAAUCGCUUCGUCUUCACGCAACGCAAACGACCGUACCUUUUCCUCGAUCUUCCUCUUUCGAAUCACUCUUGCUGCAAUAAUCUCCAGUAAGCAAAGUCUCUUCACUCUCAAACUUUAUCCACAUUUUUGUCCCCCAAAUCUUUUCCAUGAAGGCAUAUAACUUGUGUAAUCUUGACUUACUUAAAACUGAUUUCGAGAUAUCUGGCCUCACUUCGGAAGCAAACUGCAAGUUUACGACAUUCUUUAGCAUCGCAAAUCCUUUAAUAAUUUGUGCUCCUCCUCAAAUAUUUAUUGUAACCGAAAGAACUGGAAGUGAUCUUGCGAUAUCUCCAACCCAUUCCGGUGUCACUAUGUCAAAACCCAAAACAAGCCCACAAGUAACAAACUUGCCUGUCGAACUAAUUCCGAAGCAACUUCGAGACAUCCAAAUGCAACUUUGAAACAUUCCUGGACUGCGCGAAUCCAUAACUUCGCGCACCGCCGAAGUAAUUAAAACGUUCGGCUCUACACACCAUAAAGGUAGCAAAUUUCGACGGAGUGUCGACGGGCAUAUACCGACCAAGUAUCGACUGCGUAUUGGCCAAUAUUUUGGCCGAGUAUUUGCUGACAUAACACUCGACAUGUCGACGGUCAUUUGACCGCGUGUCAACCGAUAUAUCCGUCGACUAAGUGUUGACCGGUACUCGGCCGAAGGGUGCCCAAAGUACACAAGAUUAUACUUCACAACUGCAAAUAUUGGUGCAAUGAAAAUAAAAGUCAUAGCUAAAUGUAUUGUUCUCUCUUCAUAAAUAAAAAUGAAGUAAUACAAGGGGAGGAUUCCAAAGAGAGGAAGAGACAAUGCAGUUAAAAUGAAAAAAAAAGCUUCCUUAAAAUAUAAUUAUAUUAAUUUUUUGUUUUACAGUCAGUGUAAAACGUGAGAGGCACUUUGCCACCAAAAGUGGGCAAUCAGGCCGUGACGCGUAUUGUCCGCGGCAGAGGUUUGAAUUGUAACCCUACAACCCAAGUGUGUUUAUAGUCUCCUGGAAAAUUUGGAAGGGGUUCUGAGUCAUUGUUCUUGAUACCCUCACUUUAUUUCAAACCACAAUUAUUUCCUGCCACAGUAUAUGAUUUGUCUUAAUUAGUUUCAGACCUAAACCAAAAUCCCAUACUUAACAUCAGUUAGUUUAAUUAUUAUCAUAAUUAUCAGUGCAAGUAUAUUAAAUACUAAUAAUUAUUUUAUCGUACUGAGGAGAUCUGCUGUUUGUUAUAUGAUGCUAAUUGUAUCUGCAGAUGGAAGGCAACUGUUUAUAAACAAUUUGCUGGCAUGGAUUGGUCGGAUGCUAAAAAGAUGCUUGGCAGUUAUGGUCCAUGGCCCAAAGAUUCUCCUCCUAAACUUGUUAAACAGGAUGUUGCUAGUGAAAUUCCCGACAGUUUUGAUGCUCGUACAAAGUGGCCUGGCUCCAUUCACGCGAUUAGAAAUCAGGUACAAAGUAGCAGAGGUAAUAACAGCAGUGUUUCUGGAAUGGCUCAAAAUUUCAGAAAAAGUGUCAAGUAGUCAAAUUAUUCAUGAUGACAAUGACUUACUUUCAUGAUGACUUUAGUUUGAUUUUGUUGUUCUUCCAUACACAUUGAAAAAUUACUAAACCAACAUAAGAUUAACCGGAAACAUCAGGGAAGUGGCCUUUAGGUCAAACAUAAUAUAACUACCAUCAAUGCAAUGGCGCAGUACAAACCAUUUGGUUGUAGAUAAACAAACUUUUAAUGCUCGAUUUUUUUUUUCAUUCUUAGGGUGGUUGUGGAAGUUGUUGGGCCUUUGGAGCCUCAGGUGGGUUAAUGGUCAAUAUUAGUCAAGUUCUUUUACAUUGGUGAAAAAACUAUAGUUAAUUUAUGUCUAAUUUUGUUUCUAUGUUUUGUUUGUUUAAUGCAGAAGUACUUUCAGACAGGUUUGCUAUUGUGAGUAGCAAUCGAAUUAACGUGGUGCUGUCAGCUCAGCAGCUUGUUGACUGUAACACAGUGAAUCAUGGCUGUAACGGUGGCUGGCCCUUAAAGGCGUGGCAGUACAUGUCCGAAGUUGGGUGAGUGGAUUGGUUCCUGAAAUUUUAAUGUACAGAUUUAUAUAUAUAUAUGCCCAAGGAUUGUCUAUAGUAUUUUUGGAGGUUACCAUGACUGGAUCUCAGAGUAAAAGUUCAACGAUAAUUUUUUAAGCUCUAGUUAUCUAGACAAUGAAACUUAAAAAUUUAGCUUAAUCCUGGGCUAGAUCAAACCAUCUGUCAUGGAACCGAGAGGUACCCAUUGCGCCUCGUGUAACUCAGUUUACUUUCCUCUUUUUAUUUGUCCAAAGCCUUCUGACUGUACAGUGCUAUGGUGAAUACACCGCAAAAACUGGAACCUGUAGGUUUAAUGGAUCAUCUAUCACGCAAUGCCCCAGUGGCUACGGAACACCCAGAUUCUACAAAGCAGAAAACGCAUAUACUGUCAAACAAUCCGUAUGUAAAGUCCUUAUUUGGUCACAUGUAUACUCAUUUUUUUAAAUAAGAAGAUAAAAUAAUAUAUUAUAUUGUAAAAUAGGAGUCACAAAGGAACAGUUCUACAGGAUGUUUGUAAGUCUUGCUGUUCAAUUUUGUUCGUUUGCAACUACCCAAUUUUUUAUUUGUAAUACAAGUUCAUUCGACUGCAAAACGUUUAACUCGUUAAUUUGUGAAAUACAUUUAUGGGCGAUGUACUAAAAGGCUUUUAAUUGUAUUGAACAGAAAAAAAACAGGAUCAAUGUUUUUCUUGUAACUUACAUUGCAGUACCUGCUACUAUUAUGUAGGUCUGCUUUUUUUUGUUUGUUUGUCUGCCUUGACUGCUGUCAUCAUCAAACAUUCUUUUGGUUCCGGUCUGUCUGGUUUUCCACAGUAAGUUUGCAAUGAAUCCAACCAGCUGCUCUCUUCAGCACAAAUCUCUUCUAUUACUUAGGUUGAAGCAAUUCAGACAGAAAUUAUGACCAACGGACCGGUUGAAGGUACUACACAUUAAUGCUAAUAAAUGCAGAGAAGGUUAUCUCAGUCAAAGAAAGCAUGAAAAGUUCAGGCUUGCCGGGAUUCGAACAUUAGGGACUUUAAGCAAAGAUUGCGGAAGGUUCUAGUACGGUGACCCGAAGUAAUUUUAUUUUUCGCCACCUGUCAAUGCCUCAAGUCAGGGAGUUUUAGAUACCUCGACGGCUAUAGCGGUGAAAAUGUCGCUUAAAAGUGUAUUCGCGUUGUUUUAUUCUCCGAUAUACCUUAUGAAAUCCUCUUUCCCGUCAACUGUAGUUUGCGUCUUUGACUGUAUUUUUCACUUGGGUGUCGUGCUUGACACCGAAAUUUGCGGCUCAUGAUCGAAAAAUGAACCUUCAGAAAUUUCCAAGGAUGACCAAAAAGGAUAAAAUGCGUAUAUCUUGCGAUUCUGUUUCAAAUAUACAGUGGCGUUCUAAGCACCUAAAAUGCAACUAAGUACUUAACGUACAAGACACUAUGGCCCGCCAUGAUCUUCUACGUAUUCGGGAAGCGUAGUACGGCCAGUCAAUAAGUUUAAUUAGCAAAUCAACAACUUGCACUUGCAUCUCAUUGUUUUAUCAACAUUUCUUUGCCAUCACUUCACGACCACGACGUGGAAAUGCCUAACUUCACGUUUUAUCGAGGACGUAAACAAACGAAGACGAACUUUUUUCCCCUAUGAGUUUGCCUUCAUUUGACAAAAUAAGCGACUUGUAAUAAUUGCGAAAAAGAAUGAAACAAUGCGAAUUUACUUUUUAUUGAAAAACGACGUUUUGACCGCUAUGGCCGCCGUGGUACCUUGAAUUUGAGACAUUGACGCGUGGCGGGAAAAAUACUUCCGGUCAUCGUGCUAGACCCUUCCGUAGUCGUUGCUUAAAGUCCCUAUUAACCUCUGCACCGGAUACCGAUGCAGCGCUGCUCUUUUUUUGUUUCCUCGGUGUAGGGAUGAGGUGUACCUCGGUAGCUGCCCCCCAAAAAAGCUGAUAGCACCUAUCUCCUACCAGCCUCUUCCUUCGGAGUGGCUGUUGGGCCAUAUGCGGCCUCCGGUCACUGUGGCGUUAUCUUCCGGUAUGUAACCUGUUUCCUCGGCAAAUGAGAAAGGUACUUUCCCUUAAACGGAGUACCCUUGGGGGAUUCCAAAGUUCCUGUUAGACCGUCAGUACAAAAUGUUCUCUCCAUAGCAGAGAGGAGUUCUUUUUCAACUGAGCUGUCGAUGAUUUCUACUUCCGGUUACUUUGAGUAGUCCACGACGAUAAGCAAGUACUGUUCCGCCGUUGGGAAAUGGGCCGCUUAAAUCGGCUGAGCCUUAUUUACUCAAGAUCCUUUAGGUUUGGGAGACACUUUUAAAGGUUCGCGCUAAGUGUUAUUGACGAUACCUUGGCCGGGUAUACAGUCAGUGAUUCGCCUCUCAACACUUUUGUCGCUUCCUGGGAACCAUACCUUUGAGUGAAGCAGCUUUUUAGUUUAACAAUUCUCAAACCUUUCAAGUCUGAUUAUGGAACCCUAUCUUUUUUCAGCUGCUUUCACGGUGUACCAGGACUUCUUUUCGUAUCGCAGCGGUGUCUAUAUUCAUACCAGUGGGCAGCAAGUUGGAGGACAUGCCAUCAAGAUGCUCGGGUUCGUCGGUUCACUUAUUGCUAGAUUAUUGAUAUGAUUGUUAUUCUCUAUCUUUAUGUUAAGAGGAUUCUACUUUUCUAUAUCACGGUUUAGCUACUAGAAUAAGAUGCGGGAUGCAGGCAAACUAUCAUUUCAAGAAGAAAUUAUAUUUGUGUGUGUGUGUGUGUGUGUGUGUGAAAUUCUACCCACGCUGACUGACUCAUCAGUCUCGGCAAAUUAAACAACUAGUCAACGGCUUAAAUAAUCAAAUGAUAAUUAUUAUUAGUCUUUAGACAGAUUUGAUAGUCAACUCGUAGCUGAGCCCUGGGAUCUGGCAUUGAGCUGUUUUCUUAGACGUGAAAGUUUGUAUUACCACCAAAGAGAGCAAAAAUAACAGCCGUCUUCCAGAAAACGCGUCGCAAAUAAAACGCAAACGUCUUGACUAAAUGACACAAAAAAAUAUGUUGGCGUCCAAGAUAAGGCGCACAUUAUAAGCUCUUAUAACCUGAUGGUAAAGUUUUUGUCUUAUUUAAGACGCGUCUUUUGUUCUGUCUCCAGUAGAAAUGGCCUUAUUCAGUAACGCAGGUAGCAGUGCACAAGACUACAAUCCUAUCCAUUGGCGCUUCAUAUCGGUCAAACCGACUGGUUACUAAACGCUAAGCUUUAAAUUGACGAUUUGUUUUCGAUAGCCGGCUGUGGAUAUAACGGAACACAAGCGAGGAGACCCGAUCGUGACCUUCUCCGUCUCGUGAUUGUAACUAUUACUAAGCUAUCAGUAAUGCAAUGAAUUAACUUUUGAAAUCGUUUUAAUCUGUUUUUUUAGAUGGGGUCGAUCCUCAGAAGGCGUUGAUUAUUGGGUAUGAUUUUUUGCUUUGUUUUGGUUUUUUGUCGUAGUGUUAAUAAUAUAUUAUAGAAGGUGUGUUGACUGAUAAGGUAGGCCGUAAGGUAGAGUUAGGGUUUAAGGGUUAGGAAGAAGGAAUUAAUACUUUGUGUGUGUUGUUGCACAUCUUCCAGCUGUGUUGUUUUUCAGACGAUGCAUAUUGCUUUCCACUUCACCAGUUACUUUGCCUUUGAACAACUUCGAUGAAGGCUAGGUGUCGUUUUGACGACCAAACAUGCGUAAAACUUGACAAUUUUUGAGAUUUGAUUCAUUAAAACGAAAAACAGAAGGGAUCUCGUCAAGAAUAUAGUUGAUUCCUCUCUACAACGGCCACCCUGGGGACAGAACAAAGUGGCGAUUGUAAAAGAGGUUGAAACAAGAGUGAAUGUACGGACUGUCCGCCAAAAAAACGGGCGUUGUAGAGAGGUGGCCGUUAGUGGAGGUUGGACUGUAUUUUGCCUAAGUAUAAUAAAAUAUGCCUUGUUUUUAGAUUUGUGCCAAUUCCUGGGGACCCAAUUGGGGAAUGGAUGGUGAGUGUUUAUUUUCUCUGCGUUGGUAGCGUAGCCCUCAAAUAUUGAAAUACCACCGGUUUCGAUUGUAAGUUAAUUAUAUUUGCACUUAAACUAUGUAUUUAUUUUUAAUUACCAGGAUUUUUCUACAUUCGCCGAGGCACAAAUGAGUGCGAAAUCGAAAGUGGAGUAACAGCUGGAAUUGCUGCUCUGUGA